CGCAGUUUCGAGGCGGUUCGGCUGGCCUUGACGCUGUGGACGAAAUCCACGCCGUUAAUCUCUAUCCAAUCUCGUUGCCCUAGGAGAGAGAAAAUAUAAUAUAGAGAGGGGAGAGAGAGAAAGUGCCGCCUCCCAUUCAAAUCCCCAGCAUUUCUACUCUCUCUCUCUCUCUCUCUCUCUCUCUCGUAAUUCAUUUGUGUUUUCUUUAAUUUAUUGUAGAGAAGAGCCAUUUUUAGGGUUAGGGUUUAGGGAAGAAGAGGAUGGAAGAAGAAGCGAAGGCGGUGUUGUACGCCGGGUGGGAUGAGGUGCUUGUAUCGAACGAGAAAGGGAGGCGGGAGGUGCAUUACUAUCUGAAGAGAUCGGACGGUGUUGGUUCCUCUGAUCUGGCGGUGUUGGGGAAGGAGAGGAGCCUCAGGCACAUGACCUACACCGUUCAGAACUCCUUUCUCCCAAGGACGACCGUUCAUUCCCUCAAGCUUCGAUCCAGAAGAGAAGUCAUCGACUGGCUCUCAUCCUUCGUUACACCAGGUUCUGUUCCUUAUCGGUCCUCCACCUCAGAUUAUAGGGUUUUAGAUGAUGAAGAUGCUUGCCCUGAAGAUGUCCCAGCCUCUAAGGGUGUUUCUUCGAGGAAAGUAAGAUACCAUUCUAAAGAAUUUUCGUGGAUAGGUUCUUCAUGGACAUGUAGGAAACGGCGAAGGCAUUAUCAGUCCUAUUGUCGGAAUGGAUUUCGAAUUUCUGUUCAUGACUUUGUAUAUGUCAUGGUCGAAGAGAAUAAGAGAUUGGUUGCAUAUUUAGAAGAUUUGUAUGAGGACUCAAGAGCCAACAAUAUGGCUGCGGUACGAUGGUUUCACAAAAUUGAUGAGGUUGGUAUUGUUUUGCCUCCUGAUUUUAAUGACAGAGAGAUUUUCUUUUCUCUUUGUCUUCAAGAUCUCAGUGUUGAAUGCAUAGAUGGGAUAGCAACGGUCCUCAAUCCUCAGCAUUAUGAGAAGUUCCUGAACGAGACAACGCACACUCUCUGGGAACCAUACUUAUGUUACAGGCAGUUUGACAACGAUGAUGUCAAGCCGUUUGACAUCAGUCAGGUACAGGGUUACUGGAACCAGGGAUUACUCAGGCACAUGUACACGUUGUCUUCGAGGAGUAAUUUGAAGUCAACUUCUUCUGACAGUUUAAGUUUGGAGGGGGAUGGCCAUGCCAAUUCUGUGCAAAGUAGGCCCAAAAGGAAGAAUGGGUUGAAAAAUGGUAAGUCUGAUCGGCCCCACAAAGUGGUUGCCAGAGAGACAGCAAUGGAUUUUGAGAAUUCCAAUGGUCUGAGUGCCAUCACUGGAGGUGAAAGGCAUCUUCCAAGUGUCAACCCUGCCACCUGUUUGCCAAGAAAGGUGGUUAUCAAGCAGAAGCCUCAGCAGCUGCUCUCUGUCGGUUGUCAUGUUGAAGUGCUUUCACAGGAUAGUGGAAUUAGAGGAUGUUGGUUCCAGGGUGUGAUUCUCAAAAGGCAGCGAGAUAAAGUGAAAAUUCGCUAUCAGGAUGUUCUAGAUGCAGACGGAACUGGAAACCUGGAGGAAUGGGUUCUAGCAUCGAGAGUUGCAGCCCCUGAUGAGUUGGGCAUCCGAUUGUGUGGAAGGACAACUGUUCGUCCGCAUCCACCAUCUAAGGGAAGAGUUUCAUGGGGCUUUGAUGCUGGGACUGCUGUGGAUGCAUGGUGGCAUGAUGGCUGGUGGGAAGGGAUUGUGGUCCGCAAAGAAUCUGAAGAUAAGAUCCAUGUGUAUUUUCCAGGAGAGCGACAGACGUCGACCUUUGCUUGUGGUGAUUUGAGACGUUCUCAGGAAUGGGUGUGCGACAGGUGGAAUAUUAUAAAGGAAAGGCCGGACCUAGCGAGUUCAAUAUCACCCAACCAAGGGAGGAAUUUCAGUGAUAGUGGUUAUCCAGUUGAAGCAUUGGUCCUUGACAGGAACAACCUGCAUGUGGAGAACGUGGCGCCUGCAGGCAAGAUGGCACCGACAUCCAAGGUCAGUCCUGGGAGUGAAUCUCCUUUGGCUGAGAAGAAUGGGAUGGGAGUGGAAAUGCCAGCUAACCUCGUCAAAGAUUAUUCAUUUGCUCAGUUGAAAUGGAAUUCAUCAUCGAAAAAGAGGAGGCGGGGUAGAGAGAGUGUGGGCAAGGGCAGGCAGAGUGGCAGUGGCAGCAGCAGCCAUGAGGACAUGGAACCACUUGAAUGUGAAGGUUUUUCAAUUCCAAAGUCCAUGAAACUGGAUCAUGAGAACUGCAAGUAUGGAGGGGAUCAUAUGUUUGUGGCAUCCAUACCACGUCUAACAAGCUUGGUCAUGUCUCGAUGAUGGUUGCUCCCAUCUUUUUUGGUUAAUCCCUAAAAGGUUGUUCGAUGCUCAAGGGCGAGGAUUGUAAAGCUCGUUUUGGCAAGAUCCCCCCUUCAAUGCCGUUCAACCCACGGAAUGUUGAUGGCAGGAUGGAUGGUAAGAUGCAAGUGGAUUCUGCUGAGGGGAUUGGGGUUCUCCAUUUUAUUGUCCCUGGCUUAGGUUUUGUCGUUAUCAUCAUAUUAUCAGGUCCUCUUGUAAAACAUGCCGCCAUCAUCAUCAUCAUCAUCAAUCACAGCAACAACAACAACAUAACGAAUGAGUUGUAUGAUUCUGUAUUUUGUAUGUAAUGGAAACACUCAGCCUGCAUAAAGGAAGAGUGAUGAGGUUAGAUUUAAUUGAAAUCACGGUUUUUGGCCAAUGGAAAAUGGUUAGAUCGUAGGGGCACUCCUUAUCCUGAAGACGUGCAUGCAUUACCUGUUACACCAAUUGAGCUGUUUUUGAGUUAUUGGUUUUGGUAAUAAGUUUUCAGACCAGGGAUGAUGAAUUUGAAGAGCAGUUUGUACAA